GUUGCAUACACCUCUCUGACGCCGAAGAAGCUUCUUCUCUGUUUCUUCCUCCUUUUACUUUCUUUUCUUUGUUUACAGUUUAGACUUUGAAAUUUUUGUUUCAAUCUCAUUUUUUCAUCUCUUCACAAAAUCUAUCUCUCAAAUCUCUCUCAUAUUCUCUUUUCUUCUUCUUCCUUCAGCUUAUAUUAUCAGUUCUUUGGGCGAUUGAUUUUUUGUACCUAUCGCGAUGCGUGCACCGGCAAUACUUGCACAAUGCUUGCCUGGCCUAGUAACUCAUGAUCGUGGAAGUCUCAGUAUAUCCUCCAUUCCUGAGAAAGAUAUUCAUUUUGUGUCACCAGCAGUGGAGAUUAUUCCUUCGAAGGCAUUUCACUCGGACAAGGACACUGGGGAAAAUAUUGACCAUUUUAAGGGAAUAGUGAGUGUUGCUGAUAUCAUAGGGUUCAGUGGUUCAGAGACAUCCUCAAGACCAGACGGCUAUCUAAAAUCCUGGGCCAGUUCCAUUGAUCUUGUCAAUGUUCUUAAGAAUGAGAUUCGUGAUGGGCAACUGACCUUCAGAGGAAAAAGAGUUCUUGAGCUCAAUUGCAACUAUGGACUUCCUGGAAUCUUUGCUUGCUUGAAGGGAGCUUCCGUGGUGCAUUUUCAAGAUCAAAAUGCAGAAACUGUAAGAUGCACAACUGUACCGAAUGUCCUUGCUAAUCUCAAGCAAGCUCGAGAUAGGCAGAGUCGACAACCAGAGUCUCCCCUUCCCCUUACUCCUUCAAGACAGACUUUAGCACCAACAGUUAAAUUUUAUGCUGGGGACUGGGAAGAAUUACCUGGUGUGUUGUCUACUGUGAAAAAUGAUGGAUAUGAAGUGACGCCUGGAAUGAGUUUGAGCUUCUCCGAGGAAGAUUUUAUGGAUGGAUGUAGUAGCCAAGAUGGUAGCAUCAUUGGGCGCGAAUCUAGUUCGAGAAGGUCUCAAAAACUCUCUGGGAGUCGAGCAUGGGAAAGAGCUAAUGAAGCAGAUCAGGGGGAUCGCGGCUAUGAUAUUAUUUUAAUGACAGAGAUUCCAUACUCAGUUACCUCUUUGAAGAAGUUGUAUGCUCUCAUCAAGAAGUGUAUAAGGCCUCCAUACGGUGUGGUAUAUCUAGCUCCAACUAAGAAGCACUAUGUUGGCUUUAGUAAUGGAGUACGACAGCUGAGAAAUCUGGUAGACGAGGAGGGCGUUUUUGGAGUUCAUUUGGUUAAGGAUUUGGCUGACAGAGAUAUCUGGAAGUUCUUUCACAAGUGAACAAGAAUUCAAAGAUCAGAUGGACUACCAUAGAAAACAUUAAGUGAAAAAACAUCUAGACAAAAUUCAUACUUCUAUACUCUGAAUCUCUAGCAUUCUUUUGUUUUUUACAUUUAAAAUCUCUCCAUAUCUUUUUUGGUACAAAUUUUCUCCAUUUUUCGUAUAGCUUAGUAGUAAGGAAGCUCUGAAUUUGUAGAAUUAGUUGACAUGAGUAUUCUGUGCAAAACUGUCUCAUUCGAUUUUUUUGUACACUUAUAUUGUUGGAAAGAAACUCACAUAUUGGUUGAAAAAAAAUAAUAAAAAGCUAUAUUGAAAUAAA